CAGAGAUUUUCAUUUUCAGAUAGUGUCCGAACGUCGAAACAACAACACGAAGACAUCUCCACAAAGAUUUUUUUUCCUUUUUCCAUAGCUUCGAUCUUCCUCCAAUGUCUGUCAACGCUCCCAUAUCGUCUCACCCGAGAACACAGUUCCUCUCCAACCCCGUUCUCCCUCGCUUUCGUCGGUCAUACUCCGCCGUGAAAUCACCAGCAGCCUUCUCCGUCGUCUCAAUGGCUCCCCAGAAAAAGGUGAACAAGUACGAUGCCAAGUGGAAGAAACAAUGGUACGGAGCGGGACUAUUCUUCGAAGGGAGCGAAGAAGUAAACGUCGACGUUUUCAAGAAGCUGGAGAAGCGAAAAGUACUAAGCAACGUUGAGAAAUCCGGCUUGCUCUCAAAAGCAGAAGACUUGGGAGUCACGUUGUCAUCUCUUGAGAAGCUUGGUGUUUUCUCCAAAGCAGAGGAGCUCGGUCUUCUCAGUCUCCUUGAGACUUUAGCCGGUACAUCUCCUGCUGUCUUGGCCUCGGCUGCAUUACCGGCUCUGACGGCUGCUAUUGUAGCCGUGGUGCUGAUUCCUGAUGACUCAACUACUCUGGUGGUUGCUCAAGCGGUUUUGGGCGGUGCUUUUGCUCUUGGAGCUGUUGUUUUGUUGGUGGGUUCUGUUGUUUUGGAUGGACUUCAAGAAGCUGAUUGAGUUUUCCUCUGUAAACAAAACACAACUAAAAACAUUGCUGUACAAUUGUUUUUUUUGUAAUAAAGUUUCUAUAGAAGGACUA